ACCAUAUUCACAUUCCGGAUCAGUUCACACGCGCGGCAUGCACGCGCUUUUGACCGACCAGGUAAGCAUGUGCGGCAAGUUACCAUGGUGACCCACCUGCAUAAAAGUCCGUCUCCGUGCACACUUCUCGCUUUAUGAGGAUUUUACCCGCAACAACAACAAAAACAACACCGAAAAAACAGCUCGAACCAAUGACUCUGAACGCCUACAACCGGACCGUCUCAGCCUUCACCUCCAAACUGACCCCAGCUGCUGACAUAUGUGUGGGACUGGCCAUCACCUCCGUCGUUGUAUUCUCUGUUCUGGGCAAUGGGCUGGUUUUGGUGAUUUGCUACCGCAGGAGGAAGAAGAUGGUGUGCUCGGAGCUGCUGUGUGUCAACCUGGCCGUGGUCGACUUCCUCUGCUGCGUCUGCUUCUACCCGCUCUCCAUCAUGUCCUCCUUCCACCACAUGUGGCUGGGAGAAAACAUCACGUGUGUUUACUACGGUCUCGGCUGCUACAGCUUUGGCCUGUGCGGCAUGUUCACCAUUACCGCCAUUAGCAUCAUCCGCUACCUGAAGACCUGCUACAGCCUGGUUUAUGGUGAGGGCACAGAAGGAGCUAACAUCCAAAUAGCAUGCUGUGCCAUCUGGCUCCUGGCUGUUGUGUGGUCCAGCUUCCCUCUGAUUGGCUGGGGCGAGUACGUCCCUGAGCCAUACGGCCUAUCCUGCACCAUCGCCUGGAAGGCUUAUCACACCUCAGCAAAGGACGCCUUCUACGUCAUCUGCUCCUUCGCCUGCUUCACGAUGGUUCCUGUCCUCCUCAUCGUGGUGUCCCAGUGUCAGAUCCUCUACAAGGUGUUCCGCUUCUCCAACUCGCUGUCUGCAAGAGGCAUCCGCAACAACCUGAAAUAUGCUGAAAAAAGACUCUCCGUGAUGUUUUUCUGUAUCAGCCUUGGUUUUGUGAUAGCCUGGGUGCCGUACGCUGUCGUGUCCCUCCUCUUCAUUUUCCACAGGGAGAGCCAGUACAUGGCUCCUGAGGGCUUUGUGUUCCCCGCCCUCUUCGCCAAAAGCUCCCACGUAUACAACCCGUUCAUCUACUUCUACUUUAACAAGACUUUCCGGCGGGAGCUUCGCUGCCUACUCCUCUCUUUCUGGCCCAAGCUGGGAGGUAACCGAGUGAGCGUUCACAACGCCAUGGUCAUCCAACAUCCCAUCCACAUUCAGCUCCAGGAAAGAGCCCGCGUCCCAAAGAGGACCUUUGGUUUGUCUCAGGACCAAACUCUCAGCAAGAACAAAGACAAAGCGAUGCACAGGAGCGGCAGCAACCCUGUCCCCGGCAGGCCGGUGUACACCUGCUGGGGGUCCACGUCGAAAAAAAGCCUCCACCAUCUUGGCCAAUAAAGUUGCCUGGGGCUUCCUGUCUAUCUCUAUAUUUCACCGUUCAUACAGAUAUUUAUCGAGCCAACCACUCUGUCUGGCCCUGUACUGUUUCAUUGACAAGUCUCAGAUACUAAUCAGGUCCGAUGGUGCUAAUGUUGUUAAGUAAGGUGCAUAUAAAGUUUAUAUGUGCUAAACAGCCUUCAUCCUGUU